GAUUACAAGAAUCAAAAAAAUUACAAUAACUGGAGGCAAAAUAAAAUUUACGAUCACUCGGCUUUAAUCCUUCAAAACACCUUGAAGGCAGUUGCAUUACUGACAAGAGUCCCACAAACUACAGCACAGAACACAACACAGCACAAGGCAUGCUCACACCACCAGGCAGCUGCAAGAAACCAGAAUAGCAACAUAGCAGUAAUACCAAUGCAUCCGCCUCUCUCCCACUUUGAAAUCGUUGCAUUACAACAUCUUCCAUUUACUAAGUUUAGCAUAGCAAUUGGUAUAUAA